UUAGGACAAACACAAUCAAUUAUAGUGUUUUCCUCUCUACUAGAAGAAGUUAUAACACACUUCUCUUCCAGCUCAAACAAAAGAAAAAAAAAGAGAGAAAUGGAAGGAAAAGGUUGUUGUUGCCUUGGUAAUUUUUAUGACAAGGCUAAACCUUACAUAGCCAUGAUUUCAUUACAAUUUGGGUAUGCUGGAAUGAAUAUCAUUACCAAAGUUUCUCUCAACAGAGGCAUGAGCCACUAUGUUUUGGUUGUCUACAGACAUGCCUUUGCCACUGCUGUCAUUGCUCCUUUCGCCCUCAUUCUCGAAAGGAAGGUGAGACCAAAGAUCACAUUCACCAUUUUUAUGCAGCUAUUUGUUCUUGGGCUUCUUGGGCCUGUGAUUGAUCAGAAUUUCUACUAUGCUGGACUGAAAUUCACUUCCCCAACUUUCUCAUGUGCCAUGAGCAACAUGCUCCCUGCCAUGACAUUCGUCAUGGCAGUACUCUGCAGGAUGGAGAAGGUGGACAUGAAGAAGGUGAGAUGCCAAGCAAAGGUGGUGGGAACAAUAGUGACAGUUGGUGGAGCUAUGCUGAUGACAUUGUACAAAGGGCAUGUGAUAAACAUGGUGUGGUCAAACUACAUUCAUCCUACGCAGUCUAAUGUUCCUGUCCCAAAUCAAGAAGAUGCUGACAAGGAUUGGGUUAAGGGCUCAAUCCUUCUCAUCAUUGCAACUUUUGCUUGGGCUUCUUUCUUCAUCCUUCAGGCUAUCACAUUGAGGAAGUACACAGCCCAGCUAUCUCUCACAGCAAUUGUGUGUUUCUUGGGCACACUUCAAUCUAUUGCUGUCACAUAUGUGAUGGAACACAAACCAAAUUCUUGGACUAUUGGGUGGGACAUGAAUUUGUUAGCUGCUGCCUAUGCUGGUAUCGUGUCGUCGGGGAUUGCAUACUAUGUUCAAGGUAUAGUGAUGCAAAAAAGGGGGCCUGUUUUUGUCACAGCAUUCAGUCCAUUGAUGAUGGUGAUUGUAGCCAUCAUGGGCUCUUUCCUCUUGUCUGAGAAGAUUUAUGUUGGAGGGGCUCUUGGAGCAGUCUUGAUUGUGAUUGGAUUGUAUUCUGUGUUGUGGGGAAAAUACAAAGAAUUUAAAGAGAAGGAGGCUGAGGAAAUUCUUGAACCAAUAAAGGAUUACACUCAAAAUGAGACAGCAGCGAUUCAAGAUAUUGAAGCCAAUCAUGUUGGAAUUCAGAAAAAUCAAUCGAACAAGAUUAAUGUCUCCAGCAGCUGAAAUUAGUGCGGAAUCAACAUAAAAUUUAAUUGAAGCACCUAGAAAAAAAAAUAAUAAUAAUAACGUAGAUAAUCUCCAUCUUUUAGUUCAUUUUUUAAACCUUUUUUCCCUCCCAUAUUGAUUUGGGAUUUUUUUUUUUUUUUUUUUUUUUUUUUUUGUAAUUUAGAGUGCAUUGCUGAGGUUGUAAUGUGGAAUUUAUAUAUCGAAUAGAUAUGGAUGGCAAAUAGCUCUUUUUUUAGAAAA